UCAAUUCUCUUUGAUACUACUCAACUAAAAGACCAUGGCAAAAUUAGCCGCAAUUUUUAUUUUUCUUUGCUCUUUUGCAACUUUUAUUCAUUGUUUACCUCUAUCAACAAGUUCUAGAUGGAUAGUAGAUGAUGAAAAUGGUGAAAGAGUGAAAUUAGUUUGUGGAAAUUGGGCUGCCCAUUUACAAACAAUGUUACCAGAAGGACUUGAUCAACAGCCUGUUAGCCACAUUGCUAGGCACAUAUCAUUAAUGGGCUUCAAUUGUGUUCGUUUAACAUGGGCUACUUACAUGUUCACUCGACAUUCAAAUCUAACUGUGGCCCAAUCUUUUAUUAAUAAUGGGCUACAUGAUGCAAUGUCAGGAAUAGCUAAGAAAAAUCCGCAACUUUUGGGCCUUACUGUUGUUGAGGCCCAAAAGGCUGUGAUUGAAGAAUUGGGCCGUCAUGGUGUUAUGUCGGUUCUUGAUAAUCAAGUUGGUGAGCCCAUGUGGUGUUGUGCAGUUGAUGAUGGGAAUGGUUUUUGGGGAGACAAGUAUUUUCAACCUAAAGAAUGGUUAAAAGGUUUGGAUAUUGUUGCUAAACGAUACAAGGAUUUACCAAUGGUUAUCGGCAUAAGUCUACGAAACGAGCUACGUGGUCCUCUUACAAAUCAAAGUGUAUGGUAUGAAAAUGUAGCGAAGGGUGCAAAAACAAUUCACAGGGCUAACCCUAAUCUUCUAAUAAUCAUAUCAGGAUUGGAUUAUGAUAUUGAUUUUACCUUCCUAAAGGAAAAGCCCUUGAACUUAAACAUGAGAAACAAAAUAGUAUACGAGACUCAUCGUUACGCAUUUACUGAGGGACAAGCUAAUUGGUUCUUAACUCAGCCACUAAACAAGGUUUGUGAUACAAUUAAGGAAGAGAUUAUGAAUAAAUCAGGGUUUUUGCUUAAGGGAAAAAAUGCAGCACCUUUAUUUGUUAGUGAAUUUGGAGGUGACCAAAGGUUGACUAACCCUUCAGACAAUUAUUUUAUGGGCUGCUUUCUCUCAUUUUUAGCUGAGUUAGAUUUGGAUUGGGCCGUUUGGGCUUUGCAAGGUAACUAUUAUACCCGAGAAGGUGUACAGGGUACAGAGGAGAUGUAUGGGAUGUUUAAUUACACGUGGAACUCUCUUAGAAGUCCUGAAUAUCAUGCAAAGCUACAACUUGUUCAACAAAAAUUACAAGAUCCAAAAUCAAAGAAACCAACCUACCACUUAUUGUUCCAUCCACAAAGUGGCAAGUGCUUGAAUGUUGCAUCAAACAAUGUUGUACAUGCAAGUGAUUGUGUUGGAGCUAGCCGGUGGAGCCACGACGGAGACGGCACGCCGAUCCGAUUAACCGGAACUUCUUUGUGUCUAACAGCAUCAAGAGAGGGUUUGCCUGUUACACUUUCAAAACAUUGCAGUGAACAAAGUACAUGGAAACUUGCUUCAAAUUAUCAACUUUCAAAUGUUGAUGAGAAUGGGAAAGAGUUGUGUUUGGAUUUUGACACUUAUUAUUCUUCUUCUAAAGUUUUGGUUAGGAAGUGUGUUGGCUUAGAUGGAAAGAGUGUUGAUAAUCCUCAAAGUCAAUGGUUCAAGUUAGUCUCAGCCAAUGUUUAGUAGAGUCAUUAAUUAGUCUCUUAAAUAUGUCUUUGUUUAGUUGACUCUUUAUUUCAAUUCUCUUGUUGAAAUAAUACUGGAAUAAGUGAUAGACAUGAAAUUUGAAAGAAGAGAUUUUGUUUAAUUUA